CCUCCUCUGCUUUACUGUUUGACUGGUGACGAAGCCGCAGCUGCUGCCUGAAGGCAACUUUUCUUUUUCACAGCUUGCAACAAAAACUGUUGAGCACAUGUAGCAUUUCUCACAGACUGCAAAAAUAUGAGUAUUGUUGCUAAAUAAUUGCAAAUCAACAGCUUGCCUCUGUCUCUCUGUGGAGUCCAGCGAUGGUUCGCCGUGUGGCGGUAAUCGGAGCAGGCAGUUCGGGUCUGGCCUGCGUCAAAGUCUGCCUGGAGGAGGGCUUGGACCCGGUCUGCUUUGAAAGUAGUGAUGACAUUGGUGGCCUGUGGAAAUUUAAGGAGUCUCCUGAACCAGAUCGAUCCAGCAUCUACCGCUCUCUGGUGGUGAAUACCUCCAAAGAGAUGAUGUGCUUCAGUGAUUUCCCCAUGCCUGAUGACUAUCCCAACUACAUGCACAACUCCCUGCUGCUGCAGUACUUCAGGCUCUACGCUGAGCGUUUCCACCUGCUCCAACACAUUCGCUUGCAGACCACUGUGAGGAGCAUUACACAAAGGUUAGACUUCUCAGUGUCUGGUCAGUGGGAUGUAGUGACCACGAACAAAAACAAUGAGGAAGAAAGACACAUGUUUGAUGCGGUUCUGGUGUGUUCAGGACAUUACACCCGUCCGGUCUUACCCCUGUCUGAUUUUCAAGGACACGAAACAUUCCUUGGCAGGCUUCUUCACAGCUGGGAAUAUAAAGACGCAGAUUCCUUCAGGGGUAAAAGGGUAGUGGUCGUUGGCUUUGGGAACUCCGGAGGGGAUGUUGCAGUAGAGAUUAGCAGAUCCGCAGAAAAGACGUUUCUCAGCGUUCGGGACGGGUUCUGGGUGAUUAGCAGAAUGGCCCGUGGCGGCCUGCCCGUGGAUAUGGCAUUGAUCUCCAGGUUCAACAUCCUGCUGCUGCAGCUGCUCCCCAAGACGUUAAUCAACUGGGCAGGAGAGAGAGCACUGAACCAGAAAUAUGACCAUGAACUCUAUGGUCUGAAGCCCAGACACAGACUUUUGGACAAAAGGCCUCUGGUCAAUGAUGAUCUUCCUGGUCGAAUUCUCCAGGGCGCUCUUGUCAUGAAGCCCAACAUACGAGCUUUCAAGGACUCAGGAGUUACAUUCGAAGACGGGACAGUUGAAGACAACAUUGACGCCGUGGUCUUUUGCACAGGAUACAAAGGAACCUUCCCCUUCUUGCCCUCUGCUCUGUCUGAAGGGCCACACCGUGAGCUGAUGCUGUACAAAAGAGUGUUUCCUCCAUCUCUGCAACAACCCACGCUGGCCGUCAUGGGUCUUUUCCAAGUAAGGGGACCAAUCAUGCCGAUUGUGGAGAUGCAGGUCCGCUGGGCUGUUAAAGUGUUUUCAGGUUUGACUCGUCUCCCAUCGACGCAGAAAAUGCUUGAAGUCAUUGAAGCUGAUAGGAGGCUAAACAUGCACAGCUUCCCUAACCCACAACAAGCCGUUCUCCAAGUUGAUUUCAUCCAGUACUUGGAUUUCAUGGCCGAGGAGAUUGGUGUUAAACCACAUCUAUGGAGACUGCUCCCAACAGACCCAGUCCUCUGGGCGAAGAUCUUCUUCGGUCCCUGCACUCCUUACCAGUAUCGCCUCACUGGGCCUGGACAGUGGGCAGGAGCCAGACGAGCCGUCCUCACGCAGUGGGAGCGGGUUGCUGAGCCUUUCAGGAGCAGAGCGGUUCCAGAACCAGAGGUCCGGAGGUCUUUCCUCUGUUCUCCCUGGUUAACGGCGUGUGCAGGAACCAUGGUCGUGGCUUUGCUUUUGUCACAUAAGAUUGUCCCAGUAGUCCAACGUGCCACCCAGACGCUGAGGAGGAGUAAGAGUUUUCUGUGUGAUUUAUGGUUCCCUGACUAACGUCAAAGACUUGAAAUAAUCGUCACUUAGAAGAACUGAUGUAGAGUCGCUGCACCAAAGAGACGUCACAUGGAGUCAGAGAUAAUCUGGACAUGGGUUUGUCUUGUUUUGUGUUUCUUUACCGAGAACAUACGAAUGACAAGCUAAGAUAAUCAAGAUAAUCACUGACAAAAAAAAAAAAAAAAAUCACACCCUUGUAAAGUGAUACUUAUUUGUCUUAAAUUUCCAUUGUGUAUGAAGAUUUGUUGCUUUAAGUUAUUAAUUAACCAAUAUUGCCUCUUCGUAGCAUACAUCAUUUUCUAGCAGAGAAUAACCGUAAAUGAUUUCUUUGACAAUGUGCAACAUCACAACUGGAAAGCCCAGAUAGCAAGGUUGUUGCAGUGUUGAUGCAAAUGCAGUUUAAAUGUCCAGAUAAUGGCCUGGUAAUAUUUAUCUUAUGUGGCUCUUUAGACUCCAAAUUACAUCGAUAACUUCUUCCAGUGUUUAACAAAUCUGCAAAAUUCACACAAAAUCAAGAUAUCGCCACUUUUUUUUUUCAGAUUUUACUGCAAAUCUUCUCAAAAUUGGUUGAAAACAUUUAGUUUAAGUGACUGCAGCCUCCAAUGAUGUCACGUUAUAGUCUGUAAUUGAUAAGGAAAGUAGUAAGAAGUCAGAUUUAAUGUCAUACAUUUGCACAAAUAUAAUUCCUUACAAACAUUUCUAAAUUGGCACCACAAAAUCUGCAAUUUUGACUGAAAA